AUGUUCUUGGAAACUAAUGUAGACCGACGUCAAAUUCCGAAAUCAACUACUCCGCCUGAUUUCGUUUUUGGAAAAGACGUAGAGCACCGCGCGAUGGGUGUUAAAGAGUCAAGUGCUUCGAAAUCUCAUCUCAAAACGUUUAGUGAUCUGGCAGGAGAUGUCAGUAACCCACAAGAACAAAACAGUGCAAAUGGCCUCACAAGUCAAGCAUUUGGUGAUGGUGGUUCCUCGGAGUGGUCACAAGAAACGAAGGCGUUCAUUGGACCCGUUGCAAGCCAGCCGCAGGUAAAGCUGGACCCGGUGGAGGUAGUCACCGGCGAGGAAGACGAAGAUAACGUGGCGAAAGUACUUCAAUGA